AUGGCCAAUCCGUUGCAGUUUGCCUACCGAACCCAGAAGGCCAUCGGCAUUACCGACGCCGCGCCUGUCUACCAUCCAGUUCCUGGGUUCGUCCAGCCUGAAGGGAAUUUACGAUGCUGUGUCUACUCGCAAUGUGGCCGAUACCUCGCCUGGGCAACCAACGACCGUGUCACCAUCGUUGAUGCCUCCACUGGCCAUGUCUUGACUUCUGUGUCCGUCGUCAACGUGUUUGAGGUUGCCUUCUCCCCUCGAGGAUCCUUCUUCAGCACCUGGGAACGUCCAGCCAAGGACGAAGCGGGCGACGCUACCAAGAACCUCAAGGUGUGGCGUACAAUCGAGGAUGCCCCCCAGGAUACCGAAAAGCAGCCCCUCGGACGAUUCGUGCAGAAGUCACAGUCGGGCUGGAACCUGCAGUACACGACAGACGAGAAGUUCUGCGCCCGCAUGGUGACAAAUGAGGUGCAGUUUUACGACAGCAACGACCUUAGCACCGUCUGGAACAAAUUGCGAAUCGAAGGCGUGGCCGACUUCGCCAUCACCCCCGGUCAAAGCUACAACGUAGCAGUCUUCGUUCCCGAACGCAAGGGCCAACCCGCUGCCGUCAAGGUCUUCAACGUCCCCCAGUUUACGAGUCCCAUUUCUCAGAAGACCUUUUUCAAGGGCGACAAGGUGCAGCUGAAGUGGAACAGCUUAGGUACGAGCCUGAUUGUGCUGGCACAGACCGACGUCGACAAGUCCAACAAGAGCUACUAUGGUGAAACCACCCUCUAUCUGCUCAGCGUCAACGGAGCCUUCGACGCCCGCGUGUCACUCGACAAAGAAGGACCCAUUCACGACGUGACUUGGUCUCCCAACGGGAAGGAGUUUGGCGUCAUCUACGGAUUCAUGCCGGCCAAGACGACGAUCUUCAACCACCGUGCGGUUGCCACCCACUCGUUUGCCCUUGGGCCUCGCAACACCAUCAUCUUCUCCCCCACCGGACGAUUCGUGCUGGUGGCUGGCUUUGGAAACUUGGCUGGCCAGAUUGACGUCUACGACCUGGAAAAGGACUACCGUAAGGUCUGCACCAUCGAGAGUGGCAGCCCUAGCGUCUGCUUGUGGAGCCCGGACAGUCGAUAUAUCAUGACUGCGACCACAUCCCCUCGCCUUCGAGUGGACAACGGUGUCAAGUUGUGGCAUGUUGGAGGAACCAUCAUAUACAACGAGGAUAUGGUGGAGUUGUACAACGUCAUCUGGCGCCCAGCGCCCCUCGAAACCCUGCCCAAGGAAGAUCCUCUCCAGCCCGUGCCUACGCCCCAUUCUUCUGCUGUGGCGUAUCUUGGCACCGUUAAGACACCUUCAAAGCCAGUUGGCGCCUACCGACCCCCUGGCGCUCGUGGCAUGGCAACUCCUCUUUCCUUUAGGCGUGAAGACGAAGGCGGAAGCGCGCAUGUGAUGAGCAACGGUGCAGCCAAUAUCGGACCUAACGGAUUCGGUCGUUCUCGUCGCCAGGUUCCUGGCGCCGAGCUUACGGAGUCCGCGCCGCGCGGUAUUCCCGGUGCCGAACCCGUUCCUAGCGUUCCUGGAGUCGACGGCGACGAAGCAUUGUCGAAGGCUGCGUUGAAGAACAAGAAGAAGCGGAGCAACAAGAAGAACAAGGGCCCCGACGGCGGCAAUCCCACUAAUGGUGGAUUAGCUCCUCCAGGACAGGAGCAGGGCACUGGAAACAGUCAUGUCGGACGCAGCCCUGAACGUCGUGGCCAGCACAGCAACCAGCAGCACCGCAGUCGUUCGCGAAACCCCAUGGGGAACCGCAAUCGCAGCAACACUGCGCGGAAUGGUGAUGGUCAUCACCAUCGUGAUGGUGGGGCCUCGCUUCACCCCCUACCUCACGGUCAGACUGCUCAGCACUCGACUCCCGAAACGCCGCUCUCGCCUGGCAACCAAAACCCGGCCGCGAAAAAGCUGCGAGCUUUGCAGAAAAAGGUCCGAGCCAUUGAGGAUUUGGAGAUGCGUCUGGCUGGUGGCGAGAAGCUUGAAGAUACGCAGAUGAAGAAGAUCUCGACGAAAUCGUCCGUCCAAAAAGAGUUGGAUGCUCUGGAGAAGGAGAGCCGUUGA